GACGGCGAAGUGGGCCUUUCAGUGAAUUUGGUGCACCCUACAGCUUUCCUUUCUCCACCACCACCAUUGCUUUCCUUACUUCCUAGGGGGUCUUCGCAUCGCCUUGUAUAUGCAACGACGACGCGCAGGCAAACCACUGGCUCAUAUUUCUCCUCCCAUUCAACACGGCUCUGCUGGCAUGGGCUCCGAUUCUGAGAAGAGGUCUCGCCUGAACCAGAAGUACUUGGGGGUCACAAAUCGAAUAUGGAUCAUUGUCUUCGUUUUCCUCUGCAUCAUUGCUUUCACCCACUACGCCUUGCCUUCUCAGCCUCCUCCUAGGCGUGUCUUCAUUAGCACACAUCUCGAACCGAAGAACUACCUUAACGAGACGGAUCACAAUCCUUUUGAAUUCUGUCCAGUCUUUGGUCCUGGUGACGAGCUCGCAGAGAAGUAUGGCGCUAUACCCUUGUCGCAGAGCAGAUUGCAUCUAGGAAGCGGUGCACGAUUACACCGAGUUAUCCAUAAAGCACUCCUAGGUCAGCCAGUGGUUAUGAGCGUUCUGGGUGGAUCUGUUUCCGCUUGUCAUGGUGCAGGCGACGACCCUCUCGCUCCUAAUUGUUAUCCUUCGAGAUUCUUCCAGUGGUGGAAUACAGUUUUCCCUCAUCCAGCAUCAGAACUCACAAACGGUGCCAUGCGUCGUACAAACUCCGGCUACUUUGGUUUCUGCAGUGGUCACCACAUACCCGACGAUACAGACCUCGUCGUCCUAGAAUUUGACGCAGACGACCCCGCUGACCCUUCAACUCUCGACAACUUUGAGAUUCUCGUGCGCUCUGUACUCGACCGACCUGACCAGCCAGCCGUCGUUAUCAUGGGACACUUUAGCCCUCAGGUGCAUCAGACCCACGGGUUUGCUGGACCAGAUCAUUGGCACAGUGUAGUUGCCCAGUUUUACGACGUCCCUCAUGUCAGCAUCAAACCCAUACUAUACCCGGAUUACAUGUCCAAUCCCGAUUCUAUCAAGAAAUACUAUGCUGACGCCGUUCUUGCUAAUACCCAAGGUCACGAAGUGAUCGCAGACGUCCUGAUAUCCUACUUCCAGUCACAGAUAUGCUCAGCCUGGGCCACAGUUGGUGGCUACUCUCACGAAACUUCACCAGCACUUGCGUCUGAUCCAGGGGCUGACACUCAUCUUUUUGGAGGCGUUGGCGUGCGGAAAGGUGCUGCCGUCCCCGAGCCUCAAAAACCAGCAGACGACGCCAAAAAACAGCUAACACCCGUCGAUUCCCAUGCAAUGUCCCCCCAAUUACGCAUCCCUCCCAACCGCAUCAGCACUCGUCCCAAAUCCGACAGACUUUUCCGAGAAAUAGCUCCAUUCUGCGCUUCUGCCAACGACCUCGUCAACCCCGUCCCUCCAUCGCUGUUCUACGGCUCCGGCUGGUACGCACACCACCCACCGGCGGGCUCGUCCGCGUUAUUGACAACGGCGCACUACUGGCACUCUUCGUUGCCGUUGAGCAAGCUCAGGAUACCCGUACGUGUGGGAGCGGGCGAUAUCGGGAUAUAUUACCUCAAAGAGCCUAGUAGCGAGAUAGGUGAAGGCAGUUAUAUCGAGUGUUGGGUUGAUGAUAACUACAGUGGAUCAAAAAUUAUUGAGAAUGCAGCCGAUAUCAAUGAUGCUACACCAGCGCUGGAGAUCAUUGAUCAUUAUGUCUCUAGAGGACCACAUUUCGUGGAGUGUCAGCUAUUGGGGGAAGAAGGGCAGAGUGUACCCUCUUUCAAGAUCGUCGGUGUAUUUUCAACAUAAUAACAAAUACUUCUUUGCUUGCCACAAUUUAGACCAUCUAACGCGAAGUUCUGAAUAUCUGAAGAAGAUUUUGUAUACCGUACAUGUUACAGCUGUCUAUAUAGACUAUUACACACCAUAUAUUGCACGCCGCGCAGGCAUGAUUUGAGAGAUGAUUAUGUGGCGAGGAGUGUAAAGAAAAUGAAA